UGUGUUGCCUAGUAACCGAAGAAGCGUUAGCUUCACCAUCACCUAAACGUUGUUUAGCAGCUCGUUCGCAGAGCUUACAAUCUGAUACACGAUGGAGGUGACGAUGGAUCCCUUGUUUCUUGCAGUGAGCUAUUUCAGGAGGCGAAAGCUUCAACAGUGUUCAGAUAUUUGUGGUAAAAUAUUGCAAGACAACCCCUACGACCAGGACUCGGCUUUCCUUAUCUCAGAGGCUGCAUGGAGCUUAAAAACCAGAGCCCUUACAGAGAUGGUGUACGUUGAUGAAGUUGAUGUUGACCAGGAGGGGAUUGCUGAGAUGAUGCUGGAUGAGAGCUCUAUUGCACAAGUUGCACGACCUGGAACAUCACUGAGACUCCCUGGAACAAGUCAAGGUGGUGGUCCCACCCCUGCGGUCAGGCCUAUGACACAAUCAGGGCGUCCUAUCACAGGUUUUGUGAGACCCAGCACACAGUCAGGGCGUCCUGGAACAAUGGAGCAGGCAAUCAAAACCCCACGCACUGCAAGCACUGCUCGUCCUGUCACUAGUUCUUCUGGUAGAUUCAUUCGUUUGGGAACUGCUUCAAUGCUAACUAAUCCAGAAGGACCUUUUAUAAAUUUGUCAAGAAUAAAUCUGUCCAAAUAUUCCCAAAAGCCCUGUUUAUCCAGGACUUUAUUUGAGUACAUCUUUCAUCAUGAAAACGAUGUUAAAACUGCUUUAGAUUUGGCAGCUCAAGCUACUGAGCAUGCUCAGUUCAAAGAUUGGUGGUGGAAGGUUCAACUGGGAAAAUGUUACCACAGACUUGGUUUAUACAGAGAAUCAGAGAAACAGUUUCGAUCAGCUCUCAACCAACAGGAGGUGGUAGAUACAUAUCUCUACCUUACAAAGGUUUAUCAGCGUCUGGAUCAACCAGUAACAGCCCUUAACCUCUUCAAGCAAGGCCUGGACCACUUCCCUGGUGAGGUCACCCUUCUUACAGGAAUCGCCCGCAUCCAUGAGGAGAUGAACAACAUUCCCUCAGCCACCGAGUACUACAAGGAGGUCUUGAAGCAGGACAACACACACGUGGAGGCAAUUGCCUGCAUAGGCAGCAAUCACUUCUAUACUGAUCAGCCAGAGAUCGCUCUACGGUUCUACAGGCGGCUUCUCCAAAUGGGAGUUUAUAACUGCCAGCUGUACAACAACCUGGGCCUCUGCUGUUUCUACGCACAACAGUACGACAUGACUCUGUCCUCUUUUGAGAGGGCUCUGGGACUGGUGGCCAGUGAUGAAGAGCAGGCCGAUGUCUGGUACAAUAUUGGACAUGUUGCUGUGGGCAUUGGGGAUUUGAUGCUGGCAUAUCAGUGUUUCAAACUGACCCUGGCUUUCAAUAAUGAUCAUGCUGAGGCCUACAACAACCUGUCGGUCCUGGAGCUGCGAAAAGGUCAUAUUGAGCAGUCCAAAGCGUUCCUGCAGACAGCUGCCUCUCUUGCCCCUCACAUGUAUGAGCCAAACUUCAAUCUCUCCAUUCUGUGUGAAAAGAUUGGAGACCUUCAGAGCAGCUACACUGCAGCUCAGAAGUCUGAAGAUGCUUUCCCAGAGCACGUAGACACUCAGCAGCUUCUCAAGCAGCUUCGGCAGCACUUUUCUGCGCUGUGAGGUUCAAAAGCCAUCAGGCAUCCGACCAAAUGUUAGGAAAGCGGUAAAAGAUGGGCAGGGUAGUCCGACGGAAAACAACACAGGGGCAUUAGUUUGUAUUUUUGUGUUUUCAUUUAAUAGAUCAGUAACUCAAAAUCCAGACUUAAGGAAUAAAUCAGCAGCAUGAGAUAUGUACUGUACCUUGCGAAAUAUAUAUUAGGUGUUUCUUACAAAAAUGUUGCACAAGUUGAAUCCAAACAUUGUUUUCUAUGAUGAUAUAACCUCAAAAUUCCACUCAGUUGUAUUGUAGACAUGUACAGAAAGACACUUAUCUCUUUAUUUUUAUUUCACUCAAUUGUUUGUAAAUUUUACAAUUGUAAAAUUAACUGCAAAUUUCCAUAUUGCUCUCCCUCUCUCUCUCUCUCCCUCUCUCUCUCUCUCUCUCUCUCUAUCUCUCUCUAUAUAUAUAUAUAUAUAUAUAUAUAUGUAUAUAUAUAUAUAUAUAUAUAUAUAUGUAUAUAUAUAUAUAUAUAUAUGUAUAUAUAUAUAUAUAUAUAUAUGUAUAUAUAUAUGGAGUCAAAUAUUUGUUGUUAUACAAAAACGUAAUAUAUAGGAAAGUAUUUUAAGAGAAAGUUUUUUGUAGUUAGGUCUUUCUUGCCGCAGGGUGAACAAUAAAGAAACAACAGAG